AUGCAAGACCAGCUUUCUCGACUCACAGGAGCACUCGAUAAUAGGCAGAAUUCAGUGGACCGGGUGGAUCGAAUAGGUGACAAACAGUCGUCUAUGUUGACACCUCCAAGCACAGGCCAUGUAGUGUCCGAUGCCGACGGUCAAAUUCACCGCUAUCAUGGGCCGUGGACGCUACUUGCACAAUGUCGUCAACUUGAGAGUGAUCUGGCUAGCUGGCCUAAAGCUGAUCAUGCUGCUGAGGUGACCUCACUUGUAACCAGCAUGGUACAAGAAACAAUGAGGGUUCCCAGUUCAUCGUUGAACUCCUUUCACGAAAUACCUGGAAUGGGUAUGUGUCUACCACCACGGCAACUCCUGUCUGUCAUGGUAGAGUGCUUCUUAAAGAAUGCGGACUACGCCACAUCAAUAUUUGAUCAUCAGUCACUGUACUGUGCAAUCGAUCGCGUAUAUCGAGAUCCAUCAAACCCAGAAGAGAAGCCUUGGGUACUCUGUUUCAAUCUCAUCAUCCUACUUACUCUAGGGGCUGAACAUUCAUUGCAAAGCGAGGAUCCUUUUGUAAGACCGAUGCUUCAAGCAGUUCAAACAGCUGCGGGGAAUUCACGAUUACUUAUGGAACCUCGUCUUGUCAGUGUCCAGGCACUUGCAUUAUUCAGCCUUUUCAUGCAGCAAUGCUACCCCGAUAACGAGCCCCUCGGUGACGGCAUCUUUGCUCAGGCAUGUGUCUUAGCCCGCCAGAUGGGCCUCCCGCAGCCUCACGGUUAUGCAGCCACCCCCUCCACCCUAACAGCCGCCGAGGUAGACGAACGGCAUCGAGUUUACCAAUCCCUAUACAUCCGUAAUAGAUACGCCACUACUACUUCGGGCGCUCUAAUGUGGUUACCCAAUAGUAUCAUGUGCACUGGAACUGCUUCGGCUGUUGGCGCACAUUGGGAGCUCGCAAAGUUGCAAGACGAGAUCCAUCGAGUACUAGGAUCCUGCAGCAUUGGGUCCUCAGAUCGUCGCAUCAAGGUGGCCCAGCUUCGAGAGAAGCUGAGGGUAUGGCAGGAAGAAUGCCUUGAUCCAGACCCUCAAACCAUGAGCAUGGAUCGUGUCAUACUCUGCCUACUGUUUCUUGGAACCCGCAUAUAUAUUAGCAUGGAUAAUAAGGAAACAGACACUGAGAGCUUCUUGGAUGAUUGCCGUCUUAGUUGUCUGUUGCUUAUUGUCUCUUGUACAAAACAUUUACGCCCCGAUUUUUCAAACCAGUUUCAUCACCUCCUCCACAGACUGAAUCCCUCAAGGCGGAAAUCAGACGGCUCGUUACACUCAUCUCCUUCGUCCACCCCUUCAUCAUCAUCGACAUCCUCACCUCUACCGAGUCCUGCUAGUGAGAUGCCACCACCAUUAGACAUGGUUACAAGACCCUCCACUGGUACCUCAACACCUUUAUUUACCGCAUUACUUCCACUUCCUCGCCUUGCCAACGCGUUCCCUAUCACCGCCAUAUUCAUUCUCGCCCGUCAUAUUGUUGGUAUCUCCGCCGAAGGCAACACCAUAAAUACGCACAGAACAGAAAUGGAUAUCGAAUCCGACGCUCUUCUCCUCGAAUCUUUACUAUUUUGCUUUCAAAAUAAUCCGCCUUUUCUCGGUGGCAAGGAUCAAACCCCUCAUUGCAGUUACAAACUCGGGCAAGUCCUCGAUCAUCUGGUCAGAAUUAUUCACACCAUCACAUCCGACCGGACCUCCUCACAAACUCAUACCUCUGGACUACCACUGGGAACCGAGCACGCCGAAGUGGGCGACUAUAUGUCACGAAUAUUUAUGACAUCAAAAGGGUCCCCCGAAGCCUCCGAUCUAGCCGGGCUUUGGUACCCGAGAGAUGUGACAGGAGAAACCUCGAUGGAUCUCUCCAUCCCGGACUUCCAGCCCGUUUGGCCAACUCCACAGGAUUCACUAAGUUCAUCAACGAAUCCUCUCGGUACAGCGGAAGGCUCGAUCUACACGCCUGCUAUGCAUCCCACGCCCAUAAUCCCCAAUACCCCGCUGGACCUUUCGGAAUUAUUUGGUUUUACCAAUUCCGAUGCUUCAGAAGUGUGGAAUCUAGGGACUGAAACUACAGAUUUGUUAGAAAAUAGUAGACCUUCUUUGAAACGACAGCGCACUCGUUUUGAGAGUCAGUGA